GGCAGCGGGUGCGGACCGGGGCUCGGCUUCAGCAUCUCAGCUCGUCUUCGUCCUCUCGGCUCAGCUCCCUCACCGCACCGCUGCACACCCAGGCUCGGCUCUGCACGGCACCGCGAGGUGGGUCGCGGUGACUUCCGUCCUGCCCCGUAUCACGUCUCCGCAGCUUUACACCCGAGGAAGCGGCCCCCCCCCCGGGCACGGCUCGGCUUCGGCUCUGCUCGCCAAGAGGGAGCAGCGCCAGGUUUCGCCGUUGCGGCGCUGGUUGAGGAGCGCGGGCUGCAUCACAGCGGCAGCCGUCGGACAAAAUGCCCGUGUCCAGAAUGCGCAUGAGGCCCUGGCUGGAAAUGCAGAUUAACUCCAAUCAAAUACCAGGACUGAUAUGGAUUAACAAGGAUAAGAUGAUUUUUCAAAUCCCAUGGAAACAUGCAGCUAAGCAUGGCUGGGACAUGGAGAAAGAUGCCUGCCUUUUCCGGAGCUGGGCCAUCCAUACAGGGAGGUAUAAAGUAGGAGAGAAAGACCCUGACCCCAAAACCUGGAAGGCAAAUUUCCGCUGUGCUAUGAAUUCCCUGCCUGACAUCGAGGAGGUGAAGGAUAAAAGCAUCAACAAAGGCUCCAGUGCUGUCAGGGUGUACAGGAUGCUGCCACCCUUGACAAAGGACCAGAAGAAGGAAAGGAAGUCGAAGUCUUCAAGAGAAGCAAGAAACAGGAGCAAGAGGAAGUACGAGGACAUGAGGACAGAGGAGUCAACAGAAAGACUAACCAGCACUCCCCUGCCAGAUGACCACAGUGGCUACACCAUUCACGACUACACAGGGCAGGAAGUGGGGGUUGAGAGCCCGUCCAUCACCUUAGACCUGUCCCUGUGCGAGGUGGGCAGCUCACUGACUAGCGCUCUGACUGACUGGAGGCCAUCAAUGGAGAUCACCUCAGCUGACAGCACCAAUGACCUCUACCAGUUCCAAGUGUCUCCCCUGGCUUCAUCCUCGGAAGUCACAGACGAAGAUGAAGAGGAAAUUAAUUCAGAGAUAUUUAAGCUGGAGCCCGCCCAGGACUGGCACACCACCAGUGUUGGGGGCAAAGGCUUCCUCACCAACGAGCCGGGCUCGCAGAGCAUGGGCAGCACCUACAGCUGCAAGGAGCAGGACGGGGAGAUCGACACCACUUCAGGAGAGCUGGAGUUUGGGCUCUUUGACCCAAAAAGCAGCCUAGAAUUCUCCUGGAUGGACAUGAUGAGACCCAGCAUUCAAGUUGUCUCCUGUGGCCUGUAAACCUCUGGCUCCCCCCAGCCACAAACUGCUCUUGGGUAGGAGAACUUUGACAAGCCUGAAGAGAAUGGAAGAAAAUUGUUUGUUACUGACUGAGCAAAGAAAGUAGCUUCUAUAUUCCAUUUAACUUUUAGGCCUGGGAAGGUUAGUGAGAAAAACCCCCAUUAGAAAUAAAUGAAAGCUCGAGGAAUGUCAUCUCACCAGCAGGACUCCAGGCACCAGAGCUGCUCAGCUGCUGAGUGCACCUCGGAAUCACCCCAGAGGUGAGGCCUCUGCUGGGAAGUUGUCCACGUGCCAUGGGGUCCCAGCUGGUGGGAUCCAGCUGAGUGGUGGCCCGGGGAGGAGGUCACUGGCCACCCCCGUGGGAUGAGCACUUUACCCACCCAGUGCUGAGGAGGGACACUGCAAACAGGGUCUCCUCCCUGUUGAGUUUGGUUGCUGCUUACCUGUGCAACACUGGUGAUGUUUGGCUUAACAACUGUCAUUACACUUUGUCAGAAAAAUUGCACUAAUAGGCCCUCUCUUCUUUGAUUUACCACAAGACAUCAUUCAUCUUUCAGAUCUUUCAACUAUGUAAAUAGUUUAGACCAAUAAAAUGUGAAAAUUCACUUUAGACUUUGCUUCCAUGGAGAACAGGUAUCCAGCUCUGCUCCUAGGCUGUUAUCUGCUGGUAGGCAUGCCAUAGCAACCCCCACAAGAUAGAGCUGCUGCAUGAACCACUUGUUUUGCACUGAUGGGGCAGAGCUCUGUCCUCAGCCCAUGCCUUCCCCAGAUCCCCUGCAGCUCUCCUGGGGUCCCUGCAGCUCUCCUGGGGUCCCUGCAGCUCUCCUGGGGUCC